GCCGCGAGAGUGGCGCCUCCUCCUCGCCCCGACACAGCGGCGGAGGCGCGGCGGGGAGAGGCGGCGGCCGCGCCGGCCCGCGCACUGGGCAGAGAGGCCGGCGGGGAGCGGAAGGCAGCCCCCCUACCGCGCCAGCCGGCUGCUCCCCGCCGCCGCUCUCCCCCUCGGCCGCGCCGCCGCCGGCGGGGCGGCGAUGAGGCGGCGCUAGCGGCGCUAGCGGCGCAGGGAGGGCGGUGCGGGCCCCCGCGGCAGCCCCGCGCCUGGCCGCCCCGAAGGAGGCCGCGGGCCGGCGGAGGCGGAGGGCGGCGGGGGCCGCGGUGGAGCCGGGCGGCCAUGAUGCAGUGAGCGCUCCCUCCCCGCGCGGCCGGGCGGGGGCCCGCGUUAGCGCCGCUCCCGCCCGCCUCCUUACAUAACCCCUCGGCGGCGGAGCGGGGCUGCUGCGGCACCACCAGCGCCAUGGCGAAUGACAGCGGCGGCGGCGGGGCCGGCCAGGGCGGCGGCGAGAGCAGCGGCGGCGGCAGCGGCAGCAGCGGCGGCGGCAGCAGCAGCAGCAGCGAGCGGGAUCGGCAGUACUGCGAGCUGUGCGGGAAGAUGGAGAACCUGCUGCGGUGCGGGCGCUGCCGCAGCUCCUUCUACUGCAGCAAGGAGCACCAGCGCCAGGACUGGAAGAAGCACAAGCUCAUCUGCCGCGGCGGAGGCACGGCGGCAGCGGCCGCGGCAGGGGGCGCUGCCGAGCCCCGCGGCGGGCACCCCCCGCCGACCCGCGCCCACAGCGCCGGGGCCGCGGCGGGAGGCGGCAGCCGGGCGGCAGGGGGGGUCGGAGCCGCGGCGGGGAAGGGCGCAGCGCCGCCGCCCCCGGAGGCCCCCGCCGAGGCCGCCUCGCUGACCAACAACCACGUCGCCGCCGCAGCCGCCGGCGGUGAGGCAGAGGCCCCGGCCGCGGCCCAGUCCCCGUCCCCCUCCGGGGAGGCGGUGCUGCUGUACCGGGACAAGUCGAACCUGUACCCGGGCGGCGUGCAGGCGGGACCCGGUGGGGCCGCGCUGCGCCCCAACGGGCAGACGAAGUCGCUGGUGCCGCAGCGGCUGGCGCUAGAGUACAUCGUGCCCUGCAUGAACAAGCACGGCAUCUGCGUGGUGGACGACUUCCUCGGCAAGGAGCUGGGCGGGCUGGUGGCCCAGGAGGUGCGGGCCCUCCACCACACCGGCCGCUUCACCGACGGGCAGCUCGUCAGCCAGAAGAGCGACUCCUCUAAGGACAUCCGCGGCGACAAGAUCACCUGGGUGGAGGGCAAGGAGCCGGGCUGCCAGACCAUCCGGCUGCUCAUGAACAGCAUGGACGAUCUCAUCCGGCACUGCAACGGCAAGCUGGGCAACUACAAAAUCAACGGCAGGACGAAAGCUAUGGUGGCUUGUUAUCCAGGCAAUGGAACGGGAUAUGUGCGCCAUGUUGAUAAUCCAAAUGGAGACGGAAGAUGUGUUACGUGUAUAUAUUAUCUUAAUAAAGACUGGGAUGCCAAGGUAAGUGGAGGCAUCCUUCGGAUAUUUCCAGAAGGUAAAGCCCAAUUCGCUGAUAUUGAACCCAAAUUUGAUAGACUGCUAUUCUUCUGGUCUGAUCGCCGCAACCCUCAUGAAGUACAGCCAGCAUUUGCUACAAGGUACGCAAUAACAGUGUGGUAUUUUGAUGCAGAUGAAAGAGCACGAGCUAAAGUAAAAUAUCUAACAGGUGAAAAAGGUGUGAGGGUUGAACUUAAUAAACCUUCUGACUCAGUUGGGAAAGACGUUUUAUAAGCCUUUGAUUUAGCAACUCCCCUUGCUAUUCUCCCUGAUAAAUCUUGAUGCUAUCUAUUAAUUUUUGAAUGUGAAUAACAAGAUAAAGGAAAAUCAACAACAAACCAACAUUUUAAUAAAGAAGCAAACAGUGUUUCAAUGUUGCAUCAAAUAGAAGAUUCUUUGACUGCUGAAGCAUUGUACUAUGUGAUUGUGACUCCAGGCCUGUGACUGCUUAUGUGAAGAAGAUAAGCAAUCAGUAAGAAACAGCAUAUGCAUCUGGACAUAAAUAAGUGCCCUACAUAGAAUUUGUCCAUUCUUAUAUUUUGCCAGACCUGUCAUCCAGCUGAAUCCAAUUCAUCUCUCCCUUUUUUUAUAUGGUAAAAGUUUGAAUUUUGGGUAAUUUUUGUAUGACCAGGUACAGUUUAUCAAAAUUGAGUCUUAAAAAAAAAAAAACUGAAAAAAAAAAGAAAAAAAUUACAGUAUUCUCCAAAAUAACAUGGAUCUAUUUUUGUAAAACUGUUCAUACUGUUCUCCUCUGCCAUGAAAGACCUAAUUUAAUGUAAGGGUUGCCAGUAACUGAUAAUCACUUUAAUUUUCUUUACACCUUAAGUCAGAAAAGGAGCACUUUAAUUACCAGCUAAAAACCUGAUUGUUUUAUAUCAUAUCUCACACUAAUCUUAACUUUUAAAGAUUGCUGCUGUAUUGUUUUUUUUGACUAUGUCUUCUUGAACCUUAUUAACAGACGCAAAUCAGUAUCUUGCUAUUAAUAACAUUCAGUUUGUGGUUUUGUAUGUUGAAUCCACAGAGGGGAAGUUUCUGUCUCUUUUUUUUUGUUUGGUUUUUUGUUUGUUUUGUUUUUUUUAAGUGACUGGCACUAAGUGAACUUGACACUAUCGGUUGCUGUCAUUGGCUUUGGGGACCUGGUAAAUACCAUCGAGUUACAAGAAUAUACAAGGGCUUUCCUAGGCUAUUAGAGGUACCCAGAACCUCCUUACAUACUUGACAGAAAAUUUUGAGCUUUUUCCCAUUUCUAAAGAAUACUUGCCAUCCCCCUUUCCUUUGUAUAUAAGUUAAUAGAAUAUCUAAAAUUCACUUUUUUAAAAUUUCCUUUUCAAAUGUUGGUGUCCCAUGCAGUCUUUAAGGUGACACCUUGAUCUAUUAUAUAGUAUCAAGGCGAUGGUCAGCACACUGAAGCUGAAAUGCAUCACUGUAGGCUCCUUGUGCAAUACAUCGUUAGGUUUUCACUGUGUUGAAGGAUUUCCCCAAAAAGGCACUGUCCUUUGAUCAAUACUGAGGUAUAUAUUUAGUAAGAAAAUUUUUAUUUUCUUUUACAUUGUUUUCAUUUUAUCAAGGAGAGGGGACAUCACAGAAUAAAAGUGAGAUGUGAGAAACUUUGAUAUUAUUAUUUUUUAAGAAAUGGAUGUUUUAGACACUGAUUUUUUUCUUCUUUUUUUUUUUCUCCUGAGCUUUAAAAGCUUGAGAAAACAAAAGUAAACCUAUAAAAGACAGCAUUCAUAUUUACAGGAGUUUGGGGGUUGAUCAGCUUACCCACUGCAGUUUUCUAUCUGUCCCUUAUUUCCUAACUUAGCCAAAACAAUGUGAGUGUACAGAAAUAUUUCUGUAUAUAUUACAACUUGUGACAAUUUUAGCAUCUGUAUAGUUUGUAUUCAAUUAGAGACCUUUUCUAUGGAAAGCUCAGUAAUUUUUUAUUAAAAAGAUUACUAUUGUUCAUGUAAAACAUGAAAAAGCUAAUUGUUUAAUAACAAACUGACAGAAAGGGGAAAAAAUUCAGUAUCAGUAUAUCAUUAUAGGAGAACCAACAGAAUUCCCAAUUUUGUUUUGAUUUCUCUUUUCCUUUUUUUAGUAAGUUCUUGCCCUUUAUAGUUCUCUUCCUCUUUCCUCUUUUCUUCCCAGAAAAACAGACAGGAUACCUUUACUGUAAGUGCCUCUGCCAACCUGGCCAAGGAGUGCAAAUCUUCAUUACUGUCUGGUCUGCAGUGCAUUUAGGCUACCAAUGAAACAAGCAAAAAAAAAAAAAAAAAGCCACCUCUUCUACUUCAUCUUCUUUAGUACUACUUUAACAGAGGUUUGGUUGGUUUUGGUUUAGAAAUGUAAGUAUAAGCCUUUAAACUCAUUUCAGUCCCUCUGUAAUUCAAACUUCUGCAGUUACACGGCGUAUCAAAUUCUAAUCACACCGUAGGUUUGUGCUUGCCAGACAGGUUUAAAAAGUGCUUAAUUUUUCACUCCACGUAAGUCAUUUACAAUAGGGUCAACAAAUCAGGUCAGCCAUUUCUUCCAUGUCCUUUAGAAACUGUUCAUUUCAUGUCAGUUGAAUAUUCAGUCUUGAGCAUCACCAAGCAGGUCCUUGUUUUAAAACUAUUUUUUAAACUGUCUUAUGAUCUGUAUGUGUCUAGUCCUGGUUAAAGAUAAAGCUUCAUAAUGCUAUUUUUAUUCAUGAUGUUAGCCGGCUGUAAAAUAUGAGACCUUUAUCUAUAGCAGGCAAAGAAAUUCAGGAUUCAUUUACAGGUUGCCUAUAAAGUUGUGUAAUUUGAAAAGCAGUGUUCAUUAUGAAAGAGCUCUCAAGUUGCUUGUAAAGCUAAUCUAAUUAAAAAAGAUGAUGUAUAAA